AUGUCUCAAGAUGAUGUCGAUAAAAGAAAGCAUAAAUUUCGGGCGACAGCAUUUAUUGUUGGAGUCGCUGGCAUUUCAGCCCUCAUAGGAUUUUCAAGAACAUUAGCAAUUGCUAAAAAAAGCGACACUCAAUAUUUUGAUAAAGGAAUAGCUGCACAUUCUAUAGAAAUGACUGAAACAGGCGCACAAUUAGCUCUUCGUGCACUAAAAUGGGGAACUUUGUUAGCUACCAUCGGAACUGGAUCAUUGUGUUUUGGAGUCUACAAGUUAUCUGGAGCAAAAGAUUUGCAGGAUUUUAGAAACAUUUGUGGAAGCAUAUUGCCCAGAAUACCCAAAAAUAAAGAGCCAAAGUCAAGAACAGAGUUUGAAAAUUUGACAGACUUGAUGUCGUAUGCUUCACAAUGGAAAAAAUAA